AUGCAUCUCUUCGUCUUUCAUGGAUAUUCGAAGGAACACAUUGCGGAGUUCAAGUCUCAGAAAAAGAGCCGGAAAGCUGCCGCUUCUGAAAAGCCAGUUCAUAGCUGCAUAUUCCGUGAAACAGUGUUCAACAGUGCGAGUGGACUUGGUCGACAUAGAACUGGCAAGCUUGCGGACGAACAUUCAGCACCAACUAUUGUGUGUCCUCUCUGCAGAGAGAAUAUUAAAAACCACAGUGAGUUCGCAGAGCAUACUCAUCAAUAUCAUGCUGAAGACACAGACGACAGCGACGGAGAUGAAGAGAUGAUGGAAGUAGUGGUGAAAGAUGAUGUGGAAAAUCAAGAGGUUGCAAGAAGUUCGACGGAUAUGGACGACCGCCACAAAGGUAUUUUUCAAAGGAUGGAAAUGGUUAUUGUAGCUUGGGCAUCAGCUCGUGAGAGUGUCUUUAAACUAAUGAGAGAACCAACGGAAGGCACGCAAAUGGAGUUAGAGCAGGCGCUACAGGAAAUGGAGGAAAUAAGCAAGAUAUUAAGCUUGUUAGCAGCGAAUAUUGGAAAGAGCGGAAAGCGGAAAUACUGCUCACCGCCUAGACAUGCCUUCGGUCGGCCGUUCUCAAGCACUGACACCGAUGAGAAAACUGCACAAAGUCUGAAACCACUCAUAUGCAAAAGAUAUCCUCCGAAAUAUUCGUUUAGCGCUCUCAUCUACGCAAGGAACAGCAGGCUAAGCGGAAACCAACUGUGA